AGGGUCUUCGUUCAGGAAGAUGGCUCCUCCUGCGAGCAUCCUUAAUGGGGGCCUGCCUUAGGAAGUAGAUGAGAUCUUAUAAGGCUGCAAGCCCUCGGAAGUGACAGUAGCUGAAGUCUCGGACUGGAAGCAAUUCUCACUGUUACUAAAGAGAAACUUGCUAACAGAACAAUUAACCAGCUUGCCUUCAGAAGCUGUGGGUGCAUCAUCACUGGAGGUUUUUAAGAAGAGACUGGACAGCCGCCACUUGUCUGAAAUGCGUCUGGAGUGUGAUUAAGAUUCUCCAUGAAGAAGGAAGCAUGAUCGCCUUCAUGAACAAUUCUGACAGUGAAGAAGAACCUUGCAAUGAAAGGACAUCAUUGAUGUCAGCUGAAAGUCCCCUUCUGCCUUCUUAUCAUGAUGAAACACAAGCAUCUGAAGUUGCAGAAACACUUUCCCACAGGAAUAGACGUACUGGCAGCACUGGCAGCUCCAAUAAAGCAGAGGGACAUGAGCCUGAUCCAGAAAGAGCAGCAAAAGGACAUAUUGUGCUGGAUAAUGAGGAAGAAGAGUUGACCUUAAAAUAUGGAGCAAAGCAUGUGAUCAUGCUGUUUGUGCCUGUAACACUGUGCAUGGUUGUAGUUGUUGCGACCAUUAAGUCAGUCCGUUUCUACACUGAGAAGAAUGGGCAACUGAUUUAUACCCCAUUCAGUGAAGAUACCCCCUAUGUGGGCCAGCGUCUCCUGAGUUCUGUGUUGAAUACCAUCAUCAUGAUCAGUGUUAUUCUAGUGAUGACCAUCUUUUUGGUUUUGCUGUACAAAUAUCGUUGCUAUAAGUUCAUUCAUGGGUGGCUGAUUCUUUCAUCGCUGAUGCUUUUAUUUCUCUUCACUUACAUCUACCUUGGUGAAGUACUCAAGACUUACAAUGUGGCUAUGGAUUACCCUACCCUGUUCUUUGUCAUCUGGAAUUUUGGAGCAGUUGGGAUGAUUUGCAUCCACUGGAAGGGGCCUCUGAAACUUCAGCAAGCCUAUCUCAUUAUGAUCAGUGCCUUGAUGGCUUUAGUUUUCAUUAAGUACUUGCCAGAGUGGUCAGCUUGGGUCAUCCUAGGAGGUAUCUCUGUUUAUGACUUGAUAGCAGUUUUAUGUCCAAAGGGACCUCUCCGAAUGUUAGUGGAAACAGCACAAGAGAGAAACGAGCCAAUAUUUCCUGCACUUAUUUAUUCCUCUGCUAUGAUGUGGACAAUAGGAAUGGCAAAGCCAGAUAAUGCACAAAGAAGGUCUUCUCAGGAGAUAUGGGAUCCAGAAGCAGAGACCCAUGGCAAUUCUUCACAUGCUGAGCCUGAAGUUCCAGAAACGAGAAACUCAACUAUUGAUCAAACUGGCCAACAACUUGGUCAAAUUGCCCGCAACUUUGAGGAAAGCCAGGAGGAGGAAGAAAGAGGAGUCAAGCUGGGUCUAGGGGACUUUAUAUUCUAUAGCGUGCUUGUCGGCAAGGCAGCUGCCACUGCUAGUGGGGACUGGAAUACAACAUUGGCUUGUUUUGUAGCCAUCCUCAUAGGUCUGUGCUUAACUCUUCUAUUGCUUGCAGUCUUUAAGAAGGCACUACCUGCUCUUCCCAUCUCAAUCACCUUUGGCCUGAUCUUCUACUUCUCAACAGAUUAUCUCGUGCAACCUUUCAUGGACACCCUUGCAGCUCAUCAGUUAUAUAUCUAAGAAUAAUGGUGAUCCUGUUUAAGAGCUUCCACAGGCAGCAGGCCAAUUUUUAGUGCAUAAAACCUUGUGAAUUUUACACUUAACUCGAUACCUUUUUCACAGGAAACACUAAAAAAACCAACAACUCAGUUUUGCUAGUUUCUCCUGGAACUUCACAGCUGAUUCUUCAGACUAUCAGUGCUGCAGGUGUCAGGAUCUAUGCAGCUGAACCUACUUGCAGAUAUUCAGAGCUGAGUUCACCCAGAUCAUUUGGAGCAUAGAAUUAUUAUUGAUGACCUUCCUCUUCAUAUUUUUCAUACAUUAAUUUUUUACUUUGUGUAGAAGGUAGAUUGAUUGCAUUACCUUAAAGUACAAUGAAGAAUCCGUCUUGAGAGAGCAUUGGUAUUGAGAAGUUUAAAGUCCACUUUAUAUAAUCUCACAGUAAUAAUAAUACAGGGUAUUUUUUUGAACAUUGAAAAAGCACUCUUUGAGAGAAAUACAUUUCAAGUACAGGAACUGUCUGAAAGGAGAGCAGAGUAUAGAGAGUUGUGGUUUCUAUAACUACCCCCCUGAAAGUGGGCUGUUCAAAUCUCUAAUAUAACAGCUAACCAUGGGCUAUCAUAGAACUUUUGAUAUUCCUGGUUUCCACAGUAAAAUCAGCAAGAAGCACAUUGCAAACAACAGCUGUUUUAGUGAUCCUCUGCUUGUUCCACUGGGAGGCUUGAUGUUGACGUAGAUUAGCUUACCUUCCAGGUACUCUAAAUCAGGGCUGCUCCUAAAUCAGGUCAAACUCCCGGCCUACGGGCCAGAUGUGUUAUAUACACCCGCUUUAGUGAAGGGGAAAAAAGUCCUGAUACAUCACAUGAUGCUGCCGUGAUGACAUGAGUUUGAUACUCCUGCUGUAAAUGAAGGUAUCUGCGUCUCUGGCUAUGUUCCCACUUCAUUCAUAGCCAGAUUUCAUGUAACUAUGAUUUGCUGAAUAAUUGGCUGGAUUCAUGUUAUUAAUUAAGCCACAAAUUAAGACUGAUAUUGAUGGGGUCAACAUACUUAGCAACCUCAUGUUGCAUGUUAGCCCUGAUUUUAUUUUCUUUCAAUAUCCUUUGAAUUAAAAACAAAACGAGAAGUAAAGUGAUGCAAAGCACCACUGUGUAGGUUUUUAUAAUAAUGGGACACAAUCUUGCCACUUAACCUUCUGUUAGAGGACUGCCUGUGUCUACCAUUUCAACCAUUUGUGGGAACACCUAUAAACUCUUCUCAAAGUUCUAAAUGUACCACAGCUCACAAAGAUUAAUGUGGACCUUAAACUGGGUUCACAUAAUAUACUAUGCAAAAGUCAAAUAAAUCACAUUAUGAGUAUAAUAAUGUGUAAAACCAUGUCACACUGUCAGUCUCAUCUGCCCAUUCACAAUAGUUUAUUUGGCAUUGCUCAUGUAAGAAAAAUGACCCAAGGAAAAGAGAACUCAUGGCAUAGUUAUAAUUCCAUUAUUGAAUGACCCCAUAAAUAAUGGCAAGAGGGUUCUCUUUCCUUCUCUUCCUAGAUUGGGUAGCAUUAGU